GGGUUCCGAGAGCUGCUGGGGGAAAGUGUGAGGGGCUCUGCACGUGGGCGGCGCCGAGCGCGCCGGGACAAGUGGCGUGUGUCGAGUUCGGCGUCUCGCGCGUGCUUUGCGGUGUAAGCGUCGGCCUUUUGGGUUUGGAGUCGGGGAAACAAAUCAUUGUGAGGGUUGGCGGUGGAUAGGAUUGCCACUGCAGAGUCCGGACCCGGCCUGGAGGGAAGCCCCUCAGAUGGUUCCUCGCGGGGAGUAAGUGGUCUUCAGCUCGGGCAGCGGGAACAUGAACCUCUUACCUAAAAGCUCCAAGGAGUUUGGCUCUGUUGACUAUUGGGAGAAGUUCUUCCAGCAGCGAGGAAAGAAAGCUUUCGAGUGGUAUGGAACCUACCUGGAACUAUGCGGGGUGCUGCACAAAUACAUCAAGCCCAGGGAAAGGGUGCUGGUAAUUGGGUGUGGCAACUCAGAGUUAAGUGAGCAGCUGUAUGAUGUGGGCUAUCAGGAUAUAGUGAACAUCGACAUAAGUGAGGCCGUCAUCAAGCAAAUGAAGGAACGCAAUGCCAGCCGGCGGCCCCAGAUGAGCUUCUUGAAGAUGGACAUGACACAGAUGGAGUUUCCUGAUGCCUCCUUUCAGGUGGUGUUGGACAAGGGCACCCUGGACGCUGUUCUGACAGAUGAGGAGGAGAAGACCCUGCAGCAGGUGGACAGGAUGCUGGCUGAGGUUGGCCGGGUCCUGCAGGUGGGCGGUCGCUACCUCUGCAUCUCCCUGGCUCAGGCUCACAUCCUGAAGAAAGCAGUGGGUCACUUCUCUCGGGAGGGGUGGAUGGUGAGGGUGCACCAAGUGGCCAGCAGCCAGGACGAGGUGUUGGAAGCAGAGCCUCGGUUCUCCCUGCCUGUCUUUGCCUUCAUCAUGACCAAGUUCAGGCCAGUCCCUGGCUCUGCCCUUCAGAUCUUUGAGCUGUGUGCUCAGGAGCAGGGCAAGCCUGUGCGGCUGGAGAGUGCCGAGCGGCUGGCCGAGGCGGUGCGGGAGCGGCAGCAGUAUGCCUGGCUGUGCAGCCAGCUGCGCCGCAAGGCCGGGCUGGGGAGUGUGUCCCUGGACUUGUGCAGUGGGGACACGGGGGAGCCACGCUACACCCUGCACGUGGUGGACAGCCCCACUGUGAAACCAUCGCGGGACAAUCAUUUUGCCAUUUUCAUCAUUCCCCAGGGUCGGGAGACUGAGUGGCUCUUUGGCAUGGAGGAGGGCCGGAAGCAGCUGGCAGCCAGCGCAGGCUUCAGGAGGCUGAUCACAGUGGCUCUUCAUCGAGGUCAGCAGUACGAUGGCAUGGACAGUGUUCAGGCUGAGCUGUCCACCAGAGUCAUGGAGCUGGCCCCGGCCGGGAUGCCUCCCCAGCAGCAGGUGCCCUUCCUGUCUGUAGGUGGGGAUAUCGGGGUCCGGACUGUUCAGCACCAGGACCGCAGCCCCUUGAGCGGCGACUAUGUCAUCGAGGACGUGCAAGGGGAUGACAGGCGGUACUUUCGGCGACUGAUCUUCCUCAGCAACAGGAAUGUGGUGCAGUCUGAAGCCAGGUUGCUGAAGGAGGUGUCUCACCGAGCCCAGAAGAAACGGAAAAAGGACAAGAAGAAGCAGCGGCCUGCUGAUACUCCUGAGGACCUCCCUCCAGCCCCAGGGCAGUCCAUCGACAAGAGUUACCUCUGUUGUGAACACCAUAAAGCCAUGAUCGCCGGCCUUGCCCUGCUGAGAAACCCUGAGCUGCUCCUAGAGACUCCACUGGCGCUACUGGUGGUAGGCCUGGGUGGGGGCAGCCUCCCCCUGUUUGUCCAUGAUCACUUCCCGAAGUCCCGCGUCGACGCUGUGGAGAUUGACCCCUCCAUGUUAGAAGUGGCCACCCGGUGGUUUGGCUUUGCCCAGAGUGAACGGAUGAAGGUGCACAUCGCUGACGGCCUGGACUACAUCAGCAGCCUGGCGGGAGGAGAAGCGCCGCCCCUCUACGACAUCAUCAUGUUCGAUGUGGACAGUAAGGACCCAACGCUGGGAAUGAGUUGUCCACCGCCAACGUUUGUGGACCAGCCUUUUCUGCAGAAGGUCAGAAACAUCCUGACUCAUGAAGGUGUCUUCAUCCUCAACCUCGUGUGCAGAGACGCGGCGCUGAAGGACUCCGUGCUGGCUGGGCUGAAGGCGGUGUUCCCUGUGCUGUAUGUCAGGCGGAUCGAGGGAGAAGUGAAUGAGAUCCUGUUCUGUCGGCUGCAUGCUGGGCAGAAACUUGCCACACCAGAGCUCCUGGAAAAGGCUCAGGCCUUGGAGCGGACCCUGAGGAAGCCUGGGCGGGGCUGGGACGACAGCUACGUCCUGUCAGAUAUGCUCAAGACGGUGAAGAUUGUGUGACGCCGCUGCCAGGCAGUCCUUAGGCUUCCUGUCCCGAUGGCCUGGGACUCGCAACCUGCCAGGGUUGAAGAAACGCAGUGCACGGUAUUUUCAAGCCUUGUGCUUUUCUUGGUUUUACUCUCAGCUACGUGCAGCCCAGCUUGGUGAGGUUGCCUGAAGAUCUGGAAAAUAAAGGCCUUCCCAUCUGUU